CCUACGUCAAACCGCUCAACCCCCGCUUUUGAUGAGCUCAAUGCGAAUUUCUUGCGGUGGGUUGACGCCGCAGGCUUUCUCAGCGAACGACACAAGCGGGUGCAUCCACAUUGCAUCUUUUGGGGGUGAAAAGCUUACCAUAAACUUUCCAAGGCAUGGAAACAUGCAGAACUUCCGCUGUUGAUUGCCCGCGUGUUUCCGGAAGCCAGCGGGGCACAUCUGCAGACUUGCCUCGAAUCCAUGAUGAUGUUUCUUAUCCUGGAGCAACUGACUGACACGCCUGCUACCGUAGAAACAUCGCGCAAAUGGGCUGCGGAGUUUGUUGACGCGAUUCAGAAUGUCGAUGCGCCAAAGGUCACCAAGGAAGGGCCGGCAGCCAUUCUACAACACUUGGGGUCCAAAGUAAUUGCGGCCAUUGAUCCACCUUAUCGAGCAGGGUAUAUCGCGAGCAACCUCCUUCUUGCGGAGGGUGUAGUCCAAGAAGCGAUUGACCGAGAAGACGGUGCUUUGCAGACAUCUCUGACUAGCUAUAUUCAAACUCGGCGGAAAUCCAUUGGCGCGCUACCCUUCCACUAUCUUGAUUUGUGGAUCUGGCAGCUAGAGAUACCUGAACCAGUCUCAAAUCACCCUCACAUUCAAACAAUGGUGGACGCAGCUGUUGACCUCGUUGGACUGGGUAACGACAUUUAUUCUUACCGAAAGGAAUACCUGGAAGAUGGCGCUAAGCAUAACUUUGUCACGGUCGCGAUGAAUGACCCUAGUACUGGGAUUCAGGCGGGAGACAUACCCACAGCGAUGAACUUCGCCGUUGAUCAGUUCAAAACCACCCUGGCCCGUGUUGAACAGCUGAAGAACUCACUCCCAUCGUUUGACGAGCACCCUGGCCUGGGGCCGACUCUUGACCGUUAUGUGGAACUCAUGAUGGAUUCUGUGACAGGCAACAUUGAAUGGAGCGUGGCCUGCAAGAGGUACUCUCUCUUCGAAGAUGUCGAGACGCGCAAGAAAGGAUACGUCACCAUACCCUCCUGA